UUUGUUUAAGGUUAUAGACCUUUAUUUUUAUGCUGUUGUCGGUUUUGCGGUAUAGGUGGCCCUCGGCAAUGUUGUAAAGCUGCCAAAAUUACGGGAGGAUGGGGUGAUGGCUGACAGAUCGAUCUUGAUUUUUUGAAAUCCUAUUCUCUAUUUUUCGGGGAUAAUGGAUCAUCAGCAAAAUUUGUAUUUUGACAAAAAUUUACUCAAAAUGUCAAUCUAAAGCGAUAAAGGCAAAAAAGAUGAGACCUGGGUUGUUUAUUGUGUGUCUAAUUACAGCGUUGAGCUGGAAAUCUGUACUAAGUGGACAUGACUGCGUUCAUCGCCCGCCCACGCCUGAGGAGGUUGUUUAUGAUGUGAAAAUAGAUGGCCACUGGAAUAUAACAAAAAGAAGUGUACAUCAGCAACUUAGAAUCAAAACUAUUAUUGACAGCAGUAUUAGGAAACUCCCAUACUCUCACCAGCAUUUGAUCAAUACACUUGUCCAAGAAGCUGUACAAUAUUGGGAGAAUACCCUAAAAGUCAAACGUUCAUCAGCAAGUGCCAUCCGCCUCAAUAGGCAGUGUGUCAAUAACAUGGUUGUGUAUGAUAAAGGUGAUCGUUACUGUGUAGAUCUCUGUUCUCCAAAAACAAGAUGUGGUGAUUUUCUUAUUCCAGAGGAUCAUUUAGAGAGGUGUUACUAUCAUGAUCAACGUACUGGUGCACUUCGCAGCUCAGGACAGGCUGGAGCAGGUGUUUCAAAUGCUGAUUUUAUUCUUUAUGUGGCAGCUUUACCAUCAUUUAAAUGUCAACAAGCCAAAACAAUUGCUUAUGCUGCUCACUGCCAACAGGAGAUUGUGCAAGACAGACCUGUAGCUGGUUACAUCAGUAUAUGUCCUGAUUCUGUGUCAACUCGCACGCAUGACCGAACUCAGCUCCUGUCCACGAUGAAACAUGAAAUCUUGCAUGCUUUGGGUUUCUCUGCUGGGUUGUAUGCUUUCUUCCGUGACCAGUUUGGAAACCCCUUAACACCUAGAGACCCCUCCAGUAAUAAACCACUCUACACAGACCCAAGAUCCAAAUUCUACCUGUGGAGUGAUCGUGUGAUGAAAGAAGUGAUACGAUAUGGCUGGAAAACUGCAGGAGGGCAGAUAAUCAGGAGGGUCAAUAUGAUUGUAACCCCAGCAGUCAAGAGAGAAGUUAGACGUCACUUUAACUGUCCUACAUUGGAGGGGGCCGAGGUAGAAAACCAAGGAAUAUAUGGAACCUCGAUCACACACUGGGAAAAACGAUUGUUUGAGAACGAGGUGAUGACAGGUACUUACACACAGAAUCCUGUGGUUUCCAGGGUAACGCUGGCUCUGAUGGAGGAUACUGGAUGGUACCAAGUGAAUUAUAACACUGCAGAAGAAUUGGAGUGGGGUAAAAACCUAGGUUGUGAUUUUGUGACCAAGAGUUGCAAGGACUGGAUGGAUACACACAAGCCUCCGUUGCUAGACAUGCACCCUUAUUGUAAGCAGAUCAGACAAGGAAUGCUAAGGACAGACUGUACACGAAAUAGGAAAGCUGUGGCCUUCUGUAAUCUAGCAGUAUACUCAGGACCCUUACCUCCAGAAUAUCAGUAUUUUACCUCCUCAUCAGGAGUGCAGUGGUCGGGUGAUUACAGAAGACUGGGGGGCUCUGUAGAGCUGGCAGAUUAUUGUCCAUACCUACAGGAAUUUAUUUGGAAGGAGAAUGGUGUAAAUACUCGAGAUUCCAGAUGUUUUCUGCCAGGGAACGUCCCAAAACCCUCUCAGAACUUCUAUGGAGAAUCUUAUGGUGCUAACUCUAUCUGUGUCAAUCAUGGAUCUUCUUUGUGGAGUCUGCAGCAUUGUAACCGCUUGAUCCACACCACACAUGGUGGUAGUGGCUGUUACCAGUCUGAGUGUAGUAACACUGCUGGUCUAGUGUUAUCUGUAGAUGGUAUGAGCUAUCAAUGUCUACAGACUGGACAGAGAAUCCGUGUACGAUUUGUGUCCAAGUACUUCCUCCACACUGGAUACAUAGUGUGUCCACAUUGUCCGGAUGUUUGUCAGGAGAGAGGAAUUUUGUGUCCAAAACAAGUAGUGUCCUAUGACAUUGUCAAUAACAAUGUACCAGAUCUGUACAUUCCUUGUAGUGCCAAAUCAUAUCUCCGCCUGUCCAGUAUCAAUUUCAUCAUCAUCAUCAUCCUGUUAAAUAUGUCAUGGUUAUUUAUAUCACAGGUGACAAUGUAAAUAUAGGGUAGUACAAUCUCCGCUCUUCAUGGGUUACCUAUCACAAUUAAAGAUGUGUUUUGGUUGCAUUCAUGGAAUGACAUUGAGGCCUUUGAUUUGAAAUGUUAUAUUACAUUAAGUCUGAAGACAGCUGUAGCCUACAUGAGUUCCUCUCAUUGUCUUCAAGAAAAAUACAUAUUAUGUCAGAAUUUGUCCUUCAUAUGUACACGGAAUUUUAUUAUCAUGCCUCUAUAGCUAUCAUCUGCAGAUUUUGUGUUCAGUGCACAUAUGUAUUCAGGGAUUGUGAUCUGAUUUACGGACAUGUUUUUUUUUUCCAUACACUUUGAUUUAUUCAAAUCUUCUUUAAAUUAGAUAAAAAUAUCACAGUAAAAAAAAAACCUAUAAAGAGACUGUUUAUUAAGUUGUCAUGGACAAGAUGUAGUGUAAAUCAAAUAUAAUUUACUUAAAUGAAUUUUUGUGUAACCCACAAUUUACACACACUUCAUACAAAAUUGCAAAGAGAUACUCAUAAUACUGAAAAAAUGAAGAGAAAACUGGAAAAAAUUCAGCCGGGAAUGUACUGUAAGAGAUUUUCCAUUAGUUCUUUGCAAACAAAUGACAGGUUUGGAAAAUCUACCCAUUUAGAAGAUCAAACAUGUUUGUGUGUAGAGUAGAACUAUUUCCAAUGAAUUCUGAGCUCAUUUUUUAUUUCCUAUUAUUUAAUUGGUACCACCUUUUAUCUUAAAUUGAAAUAUGUGUACAUCAUUUUAUAUGAUUCUACAGUUGUACCUUCCUAUUUGGAACAUGCAAGUGCAAUGGCUCUAUUUUAUAUCCUGCAUGUGAUUUGUUGACCUUUUUAACAUUGUAAUAGUUGAUAUUCACAUUUUUACAAACUGAAUGUAAUGAAUGAAUUUUGGCUAAGGAGUCCUCAGAGGACCAAACUUCGAAAGUUUAUUCAGGAUGGCAAGAAGGGUUGAUUGAAUGUUAAUAUGAUGCUUAUAUAUACAUGUAAGAGUUUCAAAAAUGCUUUCAUUUCUUGAGUUAUUUUUUAUUUUAUAGCUUUAUCUAUUUUGAUAUAAAGUGUGUGUAAAACUCAAAAGAUUCACUUUUGAUUAACACCUUUAUAUUUGGUGCACAGCAUGAUGUUAUUAAAAGAAAUCUGUUUUUGCUCCAUUUAGAAACCAAGAUAUUCAGGACUUCUAUUUACCUUUUUCUUGAACUUUUUAAAAUCUAAUUUGUUAAUUUUACAGCUUUUCUACAGCAGUAAAAGUAUAUAAACUGUACCUUUUAACAUGUGUAUUGCAUGAAGCUAUGCUACAAAUAUAUGCAAUAUAAUUCAUACAAAGUCAUUGUUAGUUAGGAUAGAAUAAAUGUGCAAUAUGGAACCCCCUCCCCUUUCCGAAAAAAAUUAUUAUUGUUGAAGAAACUAUAAACAGUCUCUUUGUCUGGACAAAUGUAAUGAUUUUUAAUACCAGUAAAAAAGGAUUCUUUUCAGACCGAAGUCUUAAGUGUGCAUUUUAGAUUAAUGAUUAUUACUUUCUUUGGGAAUAAUUAUUUUUAAGUAUAUUAUGUUGGAAUUUUUGUUAUUUUCAAAUAUUUUAUUUUGGAAUUUUUGAUUUUUUAAAAAUAUUUUAAAUUUGAUGACGUUGUGACAUUUUUACUUUUGAUAUGCAGAUUAAUAUGUAUAAUGUGUGAUUUUAGUCAAAUAUUGUGCUGUUGUCGUACAUACAUGCACUAGUCUUAACUGUGCCAGUACCAAUGUUCAAAUCUAAUGUCAAUGAAGGCAUUUUACCAAUUAGAUUUUUCAGUUUUGUUAAUAUUUGAGGUUCUGUUAAAGAUGAUAGUAUAAGUUAUACAUACUAGAAGUAUACAUAUGGUUGAUUUUAUAAAGAGUCUUUUUUUUUCUUCUUUUCUUAAAUAAAUGUUUAAAAUAAAAUGUUCCUUAGAUCUGUAAUUAUAGCUUCAUAUAUUUAAAGCUUCUUCAUAUUGAUUUUCCAGAAGAAGUUAAAACUAUAUUCACAAUCAAGAUUGUAGAUUUAUUGUGCCAUUCCAUUUAUUUACCGGAGAAGAGAAAAGGAUCUUUUGGCUAUUGCAUAAUAAUUUAUAAAGAAAUUAAUUAAUGUGUCAAUGUCAGAGUUAUCUUUCCUGUUAGGCCUACAUGUAGUUUAUCAGGUAUGAAAACAUAAAGCCAGUUGUGUAUAUAUGUACACAGAUGUUGUUUUAUUAGGAAAUAAAAUCAAUAAUUAUUGAAUAUUUAGAAAAUAAGUAUUAAAAUGCAGUAAAGGUAUGCCUCAUGGAAUAUAUUAAACGCAGUUACCAUAUUAAUUGUUUCAUUAUUUUAUUGAGCUUUAGUUAUUCUGAAUACUAGGAGUGUCAACAAGUGUGAUUCUGAAACAGUAAGUAAAUUUAUACUUGCAUGCAUUAAUAAUUUUACAAGUAAAUGGACAUGUUACUAUAUAUGAAGUUUGUACUUUUGUUAAUGAAAUAAAGAUAUUUUUUUUA